AUGUCUGUUCGCCUUGCCCGGCCGAGUACCGCUGGGUUGCGUUCUACCCUAAGCGACGGUAACCUCAAUCGGGAUAUGUAUGACGACGGGUGGAUAAACAACGCUAGGUUCAGGGCGGCACAGAAUAAGUACUUAGCUACCACGUCUUCUAUUUUCGAUAAUUCAGGCACGAGAGAUUCCCUUCGACAAGAGCGGAGUCGUCAGGCGCUGGAAGACCUGAAGAGGCAAGUAGCUGAGAGAGAAGCGGCGAAGAGAAGAGAGAGAGAAGAAGAUGAGAGGAUUUACGCUGCUAUGGGCAUCCCGACGUCCUACGAGCCAUCCUUCCAAGAUCCUGAAGCUGUUCCUACGAGAGGCGUUGAACGGCGUAACAGCUACGGCGGCGCAGACUACGCCAGUCGCAAGCCGAUAACAAUGAACGAAACCGCCACGACCGUGAAAGAAGCCGGAGCGGGUUACGGCGGUUACGGCAGUUACGGCGGCGGUUAUGGCGGUUACGGCGGCGGUUACGGAGGAGGAGGAGGAGGUUACAACAACGGCGGUUAUGGUGCUGGUGCUGGUGGUGGCUAUGGUGGUUAUGGUGGUGCAGGGUAUGGUGGUGAUACUAGAUUUGUUGUGAUUGGUGUUAUGCGCACAAGAUGCAAAUAA